AUGUCAAAUAUUGCCACUUUAAUAAAGGAAGAGGUUAACAACAUGCUCGAUAUUGCCACUUUAAUAAAGGAGGGCAUUAACAACAUGUCAAAUAUUACCACUUUAAUAAAGGAAGACAUUAACAACAUGCUCGAUAUUGCCACUUUAAUAAACGAAGACAUUAACAACAUGCUCGAUAUUGCCACUUUAAUAAAGGAGGACAUUAACAACAUGCCAAAUAUUGCCACUUUAAUAAAGGAAGGCGUUAACAACAUGCUCGAUAUUGCCACUUUAAUAAAGGAAGACAUUAACAACAUGUUCGAUAUUGCCACUUUAAUAAAGGAAGACAUUAACAACAUGCUCGAUAUUGCCACUUUAAUAAACGAAGACAUUAACAACAUGCUCGAUAUUGCCACUUUAAUAAAGGAGGACAUUAACAACAUGCCAAAUAUUGCCACUUUAAUAAAGGAAGGCGUUACCAACAUGCUCGAUAUUGCCACUUUAAUAAAGGAAGACAUUAACAACAUGUUCGAUAUUGCCACUUUAAUAAAGGAAGACGUUAACAACAUGCUCGAUAUUGCCACUUUAAUAAAGGAAAACAUUAACAACAUGCUCGAUAUUGCCACUUUAAUAAAGGAAGAUAUUAACAACAUGCCCAAUAUUACCGCUUUAAUAAAGAAAGACAUUAACAACAUGCUCGAUAUUGCCACUUUAAUAAAGGAAGAUAUUAACAACAUGCUCAAUAUUACCGCUUUAAUAAAGGAAGACAUUAACAACAUGCUCGAUAUUGCCACUUUAAUAAAGGAAGACAUUAACAACAUGCUCGAUAUUGCCACUUUAAUAAAGGAAAACAUUAACAACAUGCUCGAUAUUGCCACUUUAAUAAAGGAAAACAUUAACAACAUGCUCGAUAUUGCCACUUUAAUAAAGGAAAACAUUAACAACAUGCUCGAUAUUGCCACUUUAAUAAAGGAAAACAUUAACAACAUGCUCGAUAUUACCGCUUUAAUAAAGGAAGACAUUAACAACAUGCUCGAUAUUGCCACUUUAAUAAAGGAGGACAUUAACAGCAUGUUCGAUAUUGCCACUUUAAUAAAGGAGGACAUUAACAACAUGCCAAAUAUUGCCACUUUAAUAAAGGAAGACGUUAACAACAUGCUCGAUAUUGCCACUUUAAUAAAGGAAAACAUUAACAACAUGCUCGAUAUUGCCACUUUAAUAAAGGAAGAUAUUAACAACAUGCCCAAUAUUACCGCUUUAAUAAAGGAAGACAUUAACAACAUGCUCGAUAUUGCCACUUUAAUAAAGGAAGAUAUUAACAACAUGCUCAAUAUUACCGCUUUAAUAAAGGAAAACAUUAACAACAUGCUCGAUAUUGCCACUUUAAUAAUGGAAAACAUUAACAACAUGCUCGAUAUUACCGCUUUAAUAAAGGAAGACAUUAACAACAUGCUCGAUAUUGACACUUUAAUAAAGGAGGACAUUAACAGCAUGUUCGAUAUUGCCACUUUAAUAAAGGAGGACAUUAACAACAUGCCAAAUAUUGCCACUUUAAUAAAGGAAAACAUUAACAACAUGCUCGAUAUUGCCACUUUAAUAAAGGAAGAUAUUAACAACAUGCCCAAUAUUACCGCUUUAAUAAAGGAAGACAUUAACAACAUGCUCGAUAUUGCCACUUUAAUAAAGGAAGAUAUUAACAACAUGCUCAAUAUUACCGCUUUAAUAAAGGAAGACAUUAACAACAUGCUCGAUAUUGCCACUUUAAUAAAGGAAGAUAUUAACAACAUGCUCGAUAUUGCCACUUUAAUAAAGGAAAACAUUAACAACAUGCUCGAUAUUGCCACUUUAAUAAAGGAAAACAUUAACAACAUGCUCGAUAUUGCCACUUUAAUAAAGGAAAACAUUAAAAACAUGCUCGAUAUUACCGCUUUAAUAAAGGAAGAUAUUAACAACAUGCUCAAUAUUACCGCUUUAAUAAAGGAAGACAUUAACAACAUGCUCGAUAUUGCCACUUUAAUAAAGGAAGACAUUAACAACAUGCUCGAUAUUGCCACUUUAAUAAAGGAAGAUAUUAACAACAUGCCCAAUAUUACCGAUUUAAUAAAGGAAGACAUUAACAACAUGCUCGAUAUUGCCACUUUCACGCUCUCUCAUCCUUGUCUUCUAAUGGACACUUGGCGUCUUCAUCUUUUGUCGGUUUCCUCUUUCUAG